AUGGUUUUUGUGGAUCGCAUUGACAGCCGAGGCUGUUUGAUAUAUGAGAGGACAUUUGCUGGCCGAGGCAGCCUGUCUCCGUUCCGCCAUGAGCAAGGCAGUCACAUAGAGUGCACUGGUGAUGAUGACCGGCGGAGAAGUGCAAACUUGUUUAAAGCGUUAGCUUACCUGGAGCACGCGGUGGAUGUUACGGGUCUGCCGCUGACCUGCUUCUGUGUGGUGUGCCACACAGUCACGGACAGAUCAGCUGAAUAUUUAAGACGAUACAAAUGCGACGGUUGGUAUGGAGAGUCACGAUGUGGGCGUCUGCACAGCAGCGAGGGAUUACCUGUUCUAAAUUCUCUGCGUUUGUUUGGUGUUCCUUUGUUAAGGAAGAAACAUCGAGAAGGGGGAGGGGUAGGGUUGCUGGUACAGGAAGAAGCUGAGGAUGAUGGCAAUCGGACUGCAACAACAUUUACCCAGCCUGGAUGGCAAAUAGCCCUUUGGGCUAUCACUUAUUUUUUCAUAGUUACUACAUCAGUUAUUGGCAAUGUGACUGUCAUCUGGAUUAUGGUAGCACGCAAAAAAAUGAGGAGUGUUACCAAUUAUUUUAUUGUUAAUUUGGCUCUUUCUGAUCUACUUAUAGCUGCUUUCAAUAUACUUUUCAAUUUUAUUUAUGCCAGCCACAACGUCUGGUAUUUUGGCAAGGAAUUCUGCAGGUUUCAGAACUUUUUCCCCAUAACUGUAAUGUUUGUGAGUAUUUAUUCCAUGACUGCAAUUGCUGCUGACAGGUACAUGGCUAUAAUUUAUCCCUUUAAGCCCAAACUUUCUGCUGUGAGCACCAAAGUAAUUAUAGGAAUAAUAUGGUUGGUGGCUUUUGGACUUGCCUUCCUGCAGUGCUUUUAUAAUGAGAUCAUGAUUGAUAAUGGAAUGACUAAAUGUAUUGUUGCCUGGCCAGAUGAUGUUGAACGGAAGCAUCAGCUCACGUAUCACAUCAUAGUGAUUGCCUUGAUUUACCUGCUGCCUUUAAUAGUGAUGUUUGUCACAUAUAGCAUUAUAGGAAUUACUCUUUGGAGUAGUACAGUCCCCGGAGACCACACUAAUGGAGUCUAUAAUCACCAUCAAAAAGAAAGGAAGAAAUUUCUCGUCGCAUUCCUGAUCAUUGUGAUAACUUUUGCUGUCUGUUGGUUACCUUACCACCUCUACUUCAUCCUGGGGAGCUUCAGGGAAGACAUCUAUCAGCAAAAGUAUAUUCGGCAAGUAUAUCUUGCAGUCUUUCUGCUUGCUAUGAGUACUACGAUGUACAAUCCAAUUAUUUACUGCUGCCUUAACCACAGGUUUCGUUCUGGCUUCAGAUUAGCUUUCCAAUGGUGCCCAUGUAUAAAAGCAACGGAGGGAGACAAACAAACUUAUUUACCCAUCAACUUCACAGCUGAUCCGCAACCAGCCAGCCAAACAAAGCUAAUUGAAAAACAGACACACACUGAAACAAGAAAAAGAAGCACUAACCUCCAUUCAUUCAACACUUGGAUUUUUAUUUUGAUGCUCUGGAAUAUUGUUCAAAAUAUAGUCUCUAAAAGAUAGUGUUGUAGAUUUUAGAAGCCUGGGAUCGAUUCUUGAUUAUUUUGUACCACGCUCUGCCAGGUGCCAUCAACACUGAAAACAGGAUAAGAGUAGUCAGUAUUUAUCCGUUUCAGUGCUGGGUGGCCUUUUUCAGCCAACCCUUUCCUCUGCCUUCCCAUCAAAAAAUGCAGGUUUGAGUCAAUCAAAACAAUCACAAAUGUAUGUGGCUUUUGUCAAAUUGUUUGAGCUGAAACAAAAAAUGUUGGAAAUGUCUAAGUAGGUUAUUUCAGCAAUAGUGAAAGAGGGGAUUUAAGCAUCAUUCACAAAAUGGAGAUGAUGGCAGGAGCAAUGGUACC